AAACGAGCCGAGCAGGCGCUAGCAAGAUUCUGGGCCCAUAGAACGAGCGGUCUUGGCGUUUUAGGACGGCCGUGAGAAUGAAGCGCUUAGCGAGCGACUUCUGGCAGUCGGAUCGAGUGUAAGUUGUAUUUGGAGAUUUAUAUUCUGCUGUAAGGUAUCAGGAUUUUUUUCUUUCUUGAGACGGAGUCUCUCUGUUGCCCAGGCUGGAGUGCAGUGGCACGAUCUCGGCUCACUGCAACCUCCGCCUCCCAGGUUUAAGCGAUUCUCCUGCCUCAGCCUCCCGAGUAGCUGGGAUUACAGGCGCGCGCCACCACGCUCGACUAAUUUUUGUAUUUUUAGUAGAGACGGGGUUUCACCAUGUUGGUCUGACUGGUCCCGAACUCCUGACUUCGUGAUCCGCCCGCCUCGGCCUUCCAAAGUGCUGGGAUUACAGGCGUGAGCCUCCGCGCCCGGCCAAUGUCAGGGUUUCUUUACCGCUGAAACGUGGGUAUCAGCGAAGUUGAACCAGGAGCUUCAAUCAGAAAUUCUCAAGUCAUGGAAGAGAAGUUACUAAAGGAUGGAUGUCCAUGGCAGAAUAAGAGAAAUCCUUGCUGAGAGUAUACGGGAAGAAUUGGCACCUGAUCAACAACAUUUAUCAACAGAAGAUUUGAUCAAAGCCCUUAGACGUCGAGGAAUCAUUGAUGAUGUGAUGAAAGAACUUAAUUUUGUUACUGACAGUGUUGAGCAAGAACUCCCUUCCUCUCCAAAACAACCUAUUUGUUUUGAUAGACAAUCAACAUUAAAAAAAACUAAUAUUGAUCCAACACGGAGGUAUCUUUACCUUCAGGUUUUGGGUGGAAAAGCUUUCUUGGAACAUCUGCAAGAACCUGAGCCUUUACCUGGACAAGUUUGUUCAACGUUUACUUUAUGUUUACAUUAUCGAAACCAACGUUUUCGUUCUAAACCUGUUCCAUGUGCCUGUGAACCAGAUUUUCAUGAUGGCUUUUUACUUGAAGUACACAGAGAAAGCUUGGGUGAUGGAACUAGAAUGGCUGAUUCAACCACAAUGUUAUCAAUAAGUGAUCCAAUUCAUAUGGUGCUAAUCAAAACAGACAUAUUUGGUGAGACGACUUUAGUAGCAUCGUAUUUUCUGGAAUGGCGAUCGGUUUUGGGCUCAGAAAAUGGAGUGACCAGUCUGACUGUGGAACUUAUGGGUGUAGGCACAGAAUCAAAAGUUUCUGUGGGAAUUUUAAAUAUAAAACUUGAAAUGUAUCCACCACUCAAUCAAACGUUAUCUCAAGAAGUAGUGAACACACAGCUUGCUUUGGAACGUCAGAAAACUGCAGAGAAAGAGCGAUUAUUUCUUGUAUAUGCUAAGCAGUGGUGGAGAGAAUAUUUGCAAAUUCGACCCUCACACAACUCACGACUGGUUAAGAUUUUUGCACAGGAUGAAAAUGGGAUAAAUAGACCAGUCUGUUCCUAUGUUAAACCACUUCGAGCUGGACGGCUUCUUGAUACUCCAAGGCAAGCAGCAAGAUUUGUUAAUGUCCUUGGUUAUGAACGAGCCCCUGUUAUUGGAGGAGGAGGUAAACAGGAGCAGUGGUGCACUCUGCUGGCCUUUCUCUGUAGAAACAAGGGUGACUGUGAAGAUCAUGCUAACCUUCUUUGCAGCCUUCUUCUUGGAUAUGGAUUAGAAGCCUUUGUUUGUGUUGGGACCAAGGCAAAAGGUGUACCUCAUGCAUGGGUUAUGACUUGUGGAACUGAUGGGACCAUCACUUUUUGGGAGAGUUUAACAGGACACAGGUACAUCCAUAAACCUACCAAUCCUGAUGAACCUCCAGUUGCUGAACAGCCUAAACCACUGUACCCAUAUCGAACAAUUGGUUGUGUUUUCAACCAUCAGAUGUUCCUGGGAAAUUGUCAACCCUCUGAUGCAGUAGAAACCUGUGUAUUUGAUUUGAACGAUGAAUCCAAAUGGAAACCCAUGAGUGAGGAAGCAAUUAAAUCUGUGUGUGCUCCUGGAGCUACAACAUCCCUUCCUCCCUUUCCACCUCUGUGUGCAUCCACAAUUGAUGCAUCAGUAACAAGUAAUGAAAUUGAAAUGCAGCUGAGGCUCCUGGUGUCAGAACACAGGAAGGAUCUCGGCCUCACUACUGUUUGGGAAGACCAGCUCUCCUACCUUUUAUCACCAGCUUUGGCUUCUUAUGAAUUUGAGCGUACAACAAGUAUAUCAGCAGGCAAUGAAGAAUUUCAAGAUGCCAUAAGAAGGGCUGUGCCUGAUGGUCACACAUUUAAAGGGUUCCCAAUACAUUUUGUGUAUAGAAAUGCAAGACGUGCAUUUGCCACAUGUCUUCGAUCUCCUUUCUGUGAAGAAAUAAUCUGUUGCCGUGGAGACCAAGUGCGACUGGCAGUUCGUGUCCGAGUGUUUACUUACCCUGAAUCUGCAUGUGCUGUUUGGAUCAUGUUUGCUUGUAAAUUGGGAUAUUCACAAUGUAUGGAAACAGAGGUCAUUGAAUCUUUGGGAAUUAUUAUUUAUAAAGCACUGGACUACGGUUUGAAGGAGAAUGAAGAAAGGGAAUUAAGCCCUCCCCUAGAGCAGCUCAUUGAUCACAUGGCCAACACGGUAGAAGCUGACGGUAGCAAUGAUGAGGGCUAUGAGGCUGCAGAAGAAGGCCUGGAAGAUGAAGAUGGAAAGAGAAAAAUCUCAGCUAUUCGGUCAUACAGAGAUGUCAUGAAGUUGUGUGCUGCUCAUCUGCCUACUGAAUCAGAUGCACCAAAUCAUUAUCAGGCAGUAUGUCGUGCACUGUUUGCAGAAACAAUGGAGCUCCAUACAUUUCUGACCAAAAUUAAGAGUGCAAAGGAGAAUCUUAAGAAGAUUCAAGAAAUGGAAAAGAGUGAUGAAUCUAGCACAGACUUGGAAGAGCUGAAAAACGCUGACUGGGCACGAUUCUGGGUACAGGUGAUGAGGGAUUUGAGGAAUGGGGUAAAACUUAAGAAGGUCCAAGAGCGGCAGUACAACCCUUUGCCCAUUGAAUAUCAGCUCACCCCUUAUGAGAUGUUAAUGGAUGACAUUCGCUGCAAAAGAUACACCUUGCGAAAAGUGAUGGUGAAUGGUGAUAUUCCCCCUCGGUUAAAAAAGAGUGCUCAUGAAAUCAUCCUCGACUUCAUCAGAUCCAGACCUCCUUUAAAUCCAGUCUCAGCCAGAAAACUGAAACCAACUCCACCACGGCCACGGAGCCUCCAUGAAAGAAUAUUAGAAGAAAUUAAAGCAGAAAGAAAGCUUCGGCCUGUCUCACCAGAGGAGAUUAGACGUAGCAGAUUAGCAAUGCGGCCACUUAGCAUGUCUUACAGUUUUGACUUGUCAGAUGUGACUACCCCUAAAUCUACAAAGAAUCUUGUGGAGUCAUCUAUGGUGAACGGAGGUUUGACAUCACAAACAAAAGAAAAUGGGUUAAGUACUGCACAGCAGGUGCCUGCACAGCGGAAGAAGCUCCUCAAAGCCCCAACUCUGGCCGAACUGGACAGCUCUGAGUCUGAGGAAGAAACGCUGCACAAGUCGACCAGCAGCAGCAGCGUGUCUCCCUCUUUCCCUGAAGAGCCAGUCCUGGAGGCCGUGUCCACAAGGAAGAAGCCUCCAAAAUUCCUGCCCAUAUCAUCAACACCCCAGCCAGAGAGACGCCAGCCGCCCCAGAGACGACAUUCCAUUGAAAAGGAAACGCCUACUAACGUGAGGCAGUUCCUGCCGCCUUCCAGGCAGAGUUCCCGCUCUCUUGUUCCUAGGAUAACCGGUGUAUGGCCAAGGACGCCUUUUCGACCACUUUUUUCUACCAUACAAACAGCUUCUCUGCUCAGCUCUCAUCCUUUUGAAGCAGCCAUGUUUGGGGUAGCAGGGGCUAUGUAUUAUCUGUGUGAGAGAGCUUUUACCAGCAGGUGGAAAUCCUCAAAGGAGGAAUUCUGCUACCCAGUGGAAUGCCUCGCUCUUACUGUGGAAGAAGUGAUGCAUAUUCGCCAGGUCCUGGUGAAAGCAGAGCUGGAAAAAUACCAACAGUAUAAAGACAUCUACACCGCCUUGAAAAAAGGAAAGCUCUGCUUUUGUUGCCGAACCAGGAGGUUUUCCUUCUUCACUUGGUCUUAUACCUGUCAGUUCUGUAAGAGGCCGGUGUGCUCACAGUGUUGCAAAAAGAUGCGGCUGCCCUCCAAGCCAUACUCCACUCUUCCUAUCUUUUCAUUGGGACCUUCUGCUCUGCAAAGAGGGGAAAGUAGUAUGAGGUCAGAAAAACCCUCCACUGCCCAUCAUCGGCCACUUCGGAGCAUUGCCAGGUUUUCCUCAAAAUCUAAGUCUAUGGACAAAUCAGAUGAAGAACUCCAGUUUCCCAAAGAGUUGAUGGAAGACUGGAGCACCAUGGAGGUGUGUGUGGACUGCAAGAAGUUCAUUUCGGAAAUCAUCAGUUCAAGCCGGCGCAGUCUGGUGUUGGCCAACAAAAGGGCCCGAUUGAAAAGGAAAACGCAGUCUUUCUACAUGUCCUCACCAGGCCCCUCGGAGUACUGCCCUUCGGAGAGGACGAUCAGUGAGAUCUGAGCCUCGUGCCUUUCAGCUGCUUUUGUGCUUAGAGUCAGCAUCCGUGCGCGAGAACACUGAGCCAGGCUGGCUCUCCUUUCUGUGGUUUUAUUUAAUGGGCUUGAAUUUGCAUUAGAUCAGAUUUGUGCUGCAUCACAUUGUUCCACAGACUGAAUGCUGUGUUCAUAUCGAUUGAUGAAACGUGACAGGUCUGCCAAUUGCUCGUUUGCACUGAGAGAGGACAACAGUUUGAACUUACUUUUGUGUGUAUGUGGCUUUGGAAGCCAGUAACUACUUCCUUAGUUCAGUUAUUUACUGUUCCUCGAAUAAUCUCCUGACUAAGGCAAAAAAAAAAAAAAAAAAAAAAGCUUCUCCUGCGAGAAUCAGUCUAACAGAGAUGCCGAUGUCAGCACAGCCCUAAGCAGUAAGUCAUAUUGGCAUUUCCACGUGACUGUGUUUCUAUCCCGUGUACAGAGAGAUCCAGAGCCCUACACUCCAGGAUCUGGGGGCUCACAGCACAGAACCUAGAAGCACCUGCUGACACUCUUCAACUGAUUUUUAAAUGUUGUUGCUUGGAGAUAAAAAUUACAUAAGGGACUUCAUGCCUGCAUUCUAGUGCAAAACAUCUGAAGAGCUGUACACCCACAAGGGUGACUAUUUCCCCUCAGUGGCCGUGUUGUCCCAGUGCCCUGGAUUAGUGUCUCCUGAGUGGAUAACAGGUCUUCAUUCUCUAUCUUGAAUGUAUUAUGGUUACUAAUAGUUUUAUAAUGGAGGUCUAAGAAUUAAAGUUGUGUGGGAGUUUCAGGACAAAGGAAGGCUAAAAGUUUGUCAAGAAGUUGAGCGUAUUUUGGUUACCUAUGAGAAGGGUUGUGACAGCAUACAGUGGCAGCUGUUGGCCACACUGCAGAAAUGAGCUGGAGCUCAUGCGUUUUCAGCUACAUUUUUCAUAACUUUAUAGUACAUCCAUCUUGAGUAAAUUAAGCCACAAUUUGGUACCUAGGGUCUCAAACUGAAAUUUAUUUUUAUAAAUGAAUUUUAAAAGAAAAAAUGUCUACUUCUUUUAAAGUUAGAAGAAAAUUAACCUGCUGACAGGCAACAUUUUUGGGGUGCUUUCUGCACUAGUUUUCCUUGUAAAUGAUUUGAGUGAGUAGGUUUGGUUUCUGACGAAAGUAGACUGGAGGGUAGCAUUGUAUGCCUCAAAUAUCUCAGUGUGUUUGGCUCAUACAUGGGCUAUACUUUAUUAUUUUGGUAUGCUUACAAAUGACCAACCAAUCAAAUUGUCAUUAAUGUUCGGAAAAUCUGUUAACGCACAUGCACAAUAAUUUCCUGAAAGCCAUAGGACAUGUCUGUAGUCAGCACCACGACAGCACCGUUUCAUGAAAGGCAUGGUGGCUGCAUUUCAUACCACAUCAAAAUACAGUAACAUUUCUAUACUAAAUUAACAGUAAUACCUCAAAACUGCUCCGGUAGUAGUUUUUAAUGGAUUGAAAUUUACAGUUUAGUAAAUGGCUUAAAAUUACUUACACUUAUGAAAUAAACUUUACCAGUUGACUAAAAUAAUGCAUGUUAACAGUUGGUCUGUAUUUGCAUGUAAAAGUGGGCGACCAGAGAACCCUUAUUGAUUACUUAAGUGUUUAAAUUAUUUUAAAGAGUCCUGUUUAAGAGCUUUCAGAAUUGUACUGGGUGAAUCUCAUUUAUAAAACUUCCUAAGAGACUAUCUGAACUCUAUACUCCAGACAGUUAGGUGGGAGUAUAAAUCUACCCCCUUUGAUGACCCCAGGCUUGAGUUUUUAAAAUGACUACCCAGAAGGGCACAAGAGGGAGGAAAUGGUAUUUGUAUAUGUAUGUAAAUAUGCACCUAGGAGAAUGUGCUUUUUAAAAUAAUGACUACUGUUUUUAUUAAAACAUAAGAAACUACAUCCCCAAAAUAAGACUUUCAUUCACAUUCACAAAGCAAACCUCUAGUAAAUGUCUUUCACUUCACUUUAUGAUAGUGUAUUGGAUGAUUUGGGCAUUACGAUCACUUCUUACCACAGCAUGGAACAUACAUUCUUCAGCAGCAUUAACGGAGUUUGCCAAGUGCAUUAAAGAGGUCACAUGGAGGGUACGUUCAUUUGAAACAAUCUGCAGAAAGUGGUGUAAGAAAGGGCACAUGGCACAGUUGUAGAAAUCAAAUUACUAUCAUUUUUUGUUGCCAAAACAAAGUCUUACAUUUAACCCCCCUUUGUACCACCCCCCUCCACACUUCACCUAAGCUAGAUAAUUUCCACAGGGUAAUUCACUAAGAGCUUGUGGAGCUUGGUUUUAAAAUCCUUAGCCUAGUCUGACUUUAGGCACAGCUUCCAGUUCUUCCUUCCUUGUCCUGGUUUCUUGUUCAGCUUUUACUUCUAAUCCAACAACAAAAGAAAUGUCUGGCUAGUCUCAGCUAGAGUCUGAUGUGUCUUAGAGCAUGUAUGCAUAUCUGAACCGUCAUCCCUGCUCUCAUCUCAGCUCCCUCCAGGCCUGAGCACCGGUUCCUUUUGUCCCAUACGUCAUGAAGUCACACUAUUGGGAAACCUGUGCUUCCCUCUCCAUGGCAUAACUCCCUGUCAGUGUCGGAGAAUAUAAGAAUGCUUGUAAAUACUGUAAUAUAUUUAUUAAUAUUUGAAAGGCAUUCAUUCAGUGGACAGUGGGAAUUAACUAUCCCAAGGCAAGUGAAAAUGAAUGAUUGACAUGUACAUUGAUUUAACAAUCUUACUAGAUUUUAAUUCUUAAGGAUUUCAAAUGAAACCAGGAGGUGGUUAUGUAAGAGGCUUAAAAUGAUCUUAUGUUUAAAGAGAUUCUGUUAUUAGCACCAUGAACUCGUACUAAGAAAUUUUUAAGCCUUUUAUUUUUCUAACUAUAUUAAUAUAGGACUGGAUAUUAGGUGCCAUAUAGGAAACACAAAAGUUGUUGCUAUUUGCUAAAGCAAAAUAGCAGAAAAUUUUGUAUGUGCAAAACUGUUGAAGCACCACAGAGAAAUGUGUGCUACUGACGGGGCUUUUACUAGGCUUCCUGCGUGUGUAAAAGUCGAGGUAUUGCUGGCAUUCAGGGUGACAUGAUGGUACUAAAUGUUUUCCAUUAAAGUCUUCUAUUUUAAAAUUUAGGGAAAAAUAAAAUGGCUUUCCAUCAGACCUUCUGUGUUGAGUUCCUGUUGUAAGACGGUGAUGUCUUUUGGUAACUAGCUGUCAGAAAUCACCUCGAUUGGGAAGGCAGGGUACUUUUAUCAGCAGCCUGUGAUCUUUGAAGAAACACAGUCUAGGCCGGGCAUGGUAGCUCACACGUGUAAUCCCAGCACUUUGGGAGGCCGAGGCAGAUGGAUCACCUGAGGUCGGGAGUUAAGUGACUCUCGUGCCUCAGCCUCCCGAGUAGCUGGGAUUGCAAGUGCCUGCCACCACGCCCAGCUAAUUUUUGUAUUUUUGUACAUGGUGGCCAACAUAGUGAAACCCCAUCUCUACUAAAAAUACAGAAAGUAGCCGGGCGUAGUGGUGUGUUCCUGUAAUCCCAGCUACUGGGGAGGCUAAGGCACAAGAAUCGCUUGAACCCGGCAGGUGGAGGUUGCAGUGAGCUGAGCUCGUGCCACUGUACUCCAGCCUGGAUGACACAGCAAGACUCCGCCUCAAAAAAAAAAAAAAAAAAGAAAAAGUCUACAAGGACCUCACUGGAAAAGUUAACAUGCUGUCACCACAAAUGACAAACAGCCAUGAGUAGGAGAGUAAAAUUACAUAAAGAGUACAUAACAUUUUAUUAUGUGUCACACAUAUGGAGACAAAUCCUAUGGGAGAUGGAUGAAGCUUUCACAGCUUCCUGGAGGCAUAAUUGAUAAAGCAGAAAAGCCUGCACAGCUCAAUAACCAAUAAGUCAUAUUGGCAUUCCCGCGUGACCGUGUUUCUGUCUCCUUCACAGGUGCUGCCUUUUUACAGUUGUGGCAGCCCUACAGCAGGCAAGUCAGUCAGCAGCAUUUUUCCAGCAGGUUGUGCACACUUUGUGUCUCUGCAUCACAUUUUGGUGACUCUCCCAACAUUUCAAGCUUUUUCAUUAUUUCUGUAUCUUUUAUGGUGAUCUGUGAUCUUUGAUGUUACUGUUGUAAUUGUUUUGGGGAGCCAUGACCUGUGCCCAUAUAAGAUGGCAAACUUAAUAAAUGUUGUGUGUGUUCUGACCGUU